UAUAUCUGUUCAUUACUAUAUCAAUAGUCGGUAAAUAAUAAUCAAAUAGUCAUAAUUUGUAAACGAAUUUAUGCUUGUCAAAGAGUUCAAUAUGUUUCCUUGUUUAUUACUGUUUUUUAUUUUAGGUUCCAUUAAUGCUGACGAAGCACCUUUAAAAUGCGACUUCAACCGCAAAAACUGCAGUUGGUGGACUGACGAAAGUGCUGGCGGAAAAUGGGUAUACCACGACGAUAAGGGGAUUUUAGCCUUUUUUCAUUUCAACAAAGCCGGCGAAGCAAACUUGAUCUCUCCCAUUUACGACCAUGGUUUAGUGGAGGAUGGCUGUUUCACCUUGGAGUACGGAUUUUUUAUAGAAUUGAAUGCAAUACUUGCAACAGUCAGAGUGUACCAAGUGCCGGUGUCUCUAGGGGUGACAAAAUUACUCACAUCUACCGAAGAGAUAAAAAGGAAAUACAUUAUACACGAAUUAGAAAGUGUCAAUGUAAUAAAUGACACGAAUUUAAAUCCCGUCUCAAUGUUUCAUCCACAUUAUGCAGAAAAGUUCCAGAUUGUAAUUGCUUACAAACAAUUGGACAUCGUACAUUUUCUAAUAUCUAAAUUUGAAAUCCUUCGAGGACAAAAGUGCAUUGAAGCAGCCAACGCAGCCGUUACAAUUCUUCCUGGUUCUAUACAAACAUAUUAUGUUAACCGAAACAAAGACAUGCAAACAAUAACAACAAAAGAAACGUCAUCAACAACAACAGAAGAUUUACCACCAACAACAACAUCACCACCAACAACAACAUCACCACCUACAACAACAACUCAGUCGGCAACAACAGCGGCCACAGUCCCGGUGACAACAGUCUCGCCCACAGCAGUACCGCCACCAUCAUCAGCUCCGCUGUCAACAGCAAUGGGACAACAUUCAGGGCUAAACGGUACUCAGCCAAAAGUUGUAGAAUGGACGUAUCGAGUAUACUAUUAAUAAAUAAUUUUGUUUUGAAUUCUCCGAAUGGCAACUACAGAGACGAAAUCGAGAACUUCAGCCUAUUUUAAUAUUUUAAUGAGCAACUACAGAGCGUCCUCCUGUUGGGUAUAUCGAAGGACCGUAAUUAUAUAUAUGUUGCUGGUUCAGGGGUUGCGUUCUAUACCUAUAGUUGUGAUGAAAUCUGCAAUUACCAAUGAUUGACUCACCCAGUUGACCGGCAGAAAAACGGCUGGAACGUCCAAUGCUUCACUGACGGCGGGAUCCCUUUACAUGCACGGCACAAAACAUCACCCAGGGUGGUACAAAGUUUAUGUUUUCACGGAAAACAGCGGUAAAAAAGUUCUCGAAUUUUUAACACGCUGAGGCGGCUACGAACCGGCUAGCAUUCAGAGUGCUUCGUCACUACGCCGAUGGUGGCGACGCGUGCGUCGAUCAAUAUUGGCGGCAUUGGCGAAACUAGCCAAUCGCAAGCCGUCAGACGGGCGGUAGAUUCAAUAUUACCAAUCGCAGAAAUCAAAACAACUACAGAUUAAUAAUUAUCGAACAGAUAUGGACCGACUAGGACCAACGGCUCAACGUACUCUAUGAGGCACGGAGUUUAACACCGCCAACUUUCCAACUUAGGGACUUACCAUUACUGAGCAUUUCAGAUUAAAAAACCUAUUAGAUAAUCUUAGCUUACCCAUACAUAUAACUCACACCUAGCACUUUAAAAUCAGAAGCGUAAUAUAGAUGACGAAUAUUAGUAUGUAUGUUUUAUAAUUUUAAUAAAUAUAUAUGCGUAA